AUGGAGGAAAAGGCGGGAGUUGGAAGCAGAGAAGGCAGUGGUGGCGGUGGUAAUGGAGGAGGAGGAGGUGGUGGUGGUGGUGGUGGUGGUGGUGAUGGUGAUGGAGGAGGUGGUGGUGGUGAUGGUGAUGGAGGAGGUGGUGGUGGUGGUGGAGGCGGAGGUGGAGGUGGAGGUGGUGGUGGUGGUGGUGGUGGUGGAGGAGGAGGGGGAAGUGGAAGGGAGGAUGAUGAGAAUUCUUCACCGGACGAUUAUGCGGCUGAUUCAAGAUCCAGGCGAAACAAAGGCCUGCGAAAGAAGCAAUCAACUUCAGCAAAGAAGCAGACCCAAAAAGAACAUAUGAAGGAGCUCCGUGGAACGUUACCAGAGGGAUCUGAACCUUUGAAGACUAUUGUUCAUAAACAUACCCGGCUACUCCUUGGCGUUGAAGGGACUGAUCUCAAAACAUUACCUUUGCAACCAAAUGUCGAUGAACGAGAUCUUGCUGUUCAGAGAGGGAAAAACCUUGGAUUCAAUCAACCCCAUCCAACUGCACCAGCCAGUUCGAGCAAUCAUACCCAUGCUUACAAGAGCUGGCUUCAAACUCAGUUACGAGAUCUUGGUCUGACACGAUUCACGUUUGACUGGGAAAGUUCCUGGAAACACCCGUUCAACCAGCUUAUGGACCUAAUCUUUUAUCGAACGCUCCACAUGGCCCUUCACUCUGGAGAAUAUAACAAUCACCCUUGGUCACCCACUCAUGAGACACACGCCAUCAUAUCAGCCUUUCUCGAAAGAUAUUUUUGUCAUCUUCAGACGCAGUGGAAGUUGCUCCAAAAAAAUGGUGAAAAUGCAUUGGAUGCACAGAAGGCCCGGAACCGAGCUUUGAAGAUGCGUGCAAGAAUUUGUGAAAGAAGACAGCAGUGGUGUGAUGAAAAUGGCUAUCCAGAACUAGCAGCUCAGUUUAACGACCCAGCAGAAAUUGAAGUUAAAUUGGAGGUCUGA